AUGAGCAGUGCUAUGAAGGUGUGGACUGGCCAGGUCAGGCUGGUGCUGAAGGCUACACCAGUGAGGGAUGGUCUGAGAAUGGUUCUGGUCCCUCAUCACUUCCCAUUGGAGUAUCAGAUGGACGCCUUCCAGGCUGCAGAGGCAGCAGCAAUAGAAGCCAACUACUGCCUCCUCAAGGAACUGGCACAGAUCUGGAAAUGCAUCUGCCUCAGUGAGUACAUCAUGCCUGAUGGCUGUACCAUUGAUGUCCAGAAGCCAGCCAUGAUCACCUGCAAAGUCAUGGACUGCUUCAACAACCACCCCUUCCACAGUAAGCUUGUUGAUGACCAAGCCAAGUAG